GAUUGCUGAUCUUGAAGAAGGCCUGAGGGUCGAAAUGUCAUCCAAAUAAAAGGGAAAUGCAUAUGGAGCCAGAGUGUGCAACACUUUUUUCCUGCUCUCAAGUCUGCUUCCAGUGAUCAGCACCUCACUACAACCCUUGAAGGACCAGAAGAUAAAUGGCAGAGAUCCACUGAUGCCCCUGAUUUUUUCUUCUAACCUAGCUGUGAAUAAAUUACAGGGGAGGUGUGAGGCGUAUGUCAGGAGGCUGUUGAAUCACUUCACAGACAGAAGAUGUUGAGGAUCACUUUAUGGCUGUUGGUGGGAGUGUGUGGGUUUGCAUCUUGCAACAACAUAUGCCCUGAUGGGAACGUCCUCUCAGAUCUCUCCACCUGCUGUAUGACUACAGAUGGAUAUCGCGCUUGUCCAUAUCCCAACGCUGUGUGCUGCUCCGACUUGGAGCACUGCUGCCCCUCAGGGUUUCAGUGUAACCUGGGUACCCAGAUGUGUGAGAAAGUAAAUCAGCCAUGGAUGAACAUACCCAUGGUGAAGAAGGAAGCUUCAGAGAAACCAAGCACCCUUCUUAUACCCUUCUCUCCCCUUCAGGAGCUCAAAAACAACCUAGACCAAAAAAAGAGUUCAGUUGUCAACUGUGACAACAACCAUAACUGUCGUGGUGGCGAAACCUGCUGCAGAACCAUAUACGGUACCUGGUUCUGUUGCCCCUUCGCCUCUGCCACGUGUUGUGCUGAUCGCAGAAACUGUUGUCCAUAUGGCCAAAUCUGUGCCCGUGACGGGAAGUGUGUGAGGCGAGGCCUGAGAUAUCCUUUCUCCCCUAUACAAGCUCUAUCUUCAGUCCCUGCCUCUCUCAUUUCAACCUCAGAGGACAAAGACAACCUGCAGGAGGAGCCCAAGAACAACCUAGACCAAAAACAGAGAUCAGAUCAUCUGUGUGAACAUGGUCUCAAAUGUCGUUUUGGCCAAACCUGCUGCAGAGGCGAAGGGGAUAAUGCCUAUUUCUGUUGCCGCCACCAUGCUGCCACGUGUUGUGCUGAUCGCACAAACUGUUGUCCAUAUGGCCAAAUCUGUGCCCAUGACGGGACGUGUAUUACGCGAGGCCUGAGAUAUCCUUUCUCCCCUGAACAAGCUCUAUCUUCAGUCCCUGCCUCUCUCAUUUCAACCUCAGAGGACAAAGACAACCUGCAGGAGGAGCCCAAGAACAACCUAGACCAAAAACAGAGAUCAGAUCAUCUGUGUGAACAUGGUCUCAAAUGUCGUUUUGGCCAAACCUGCUGCAGAGGCGAAGGGGAUAAUGCCUAUUUCUGUUGCCGCCACCAUGCUGCCACGUGUUGUGCUGAUCGCACAAACUGUUGUCCAUAUGGCCAAAUCUGUGCCCAUGACGGGACGUGUAUUACGCGAGGCCUGAGAUAUCCUUUCUCCCCUGAACAAGCUCUAUCUUCAGUCCCUGCCUCUCUCAUUUCAACCUCAGAGGACAAAGACAACCUGCAGGAGGAGCCCAAGAACAACCUAGACCAAAAACAGAGAUCAGAUCAUCUGUGUGGACAUGAUCUCCGAUGUAAUGUUGGCAAAACCUGCUGCAGAGACUAUAAGGAUAAUACCUAUUUCUGUUGCCCCUUCGCCUCUGCCACGUGUUGUACUAAUCGCAGCAACUGUUGUCCACAUGGCACAUUCUGUGCCAAUGACGGGAGGUGUGUGAAGCGAGGCCUGAGAUAUCCUUUCUCCCCUAUACAAGCUCUAUCUUCAGUCCUUGCCUCUCUCAUUUCAACCUCAGAGGACAAAGACAACCUGCAGGAGGACCAGUGAUGUGCAGACGGUCGGCACUGCUGUGAUUAUGAAUAUAUCUUUGGCCACUCCUCCUUGACAUGCAGAAGAUCUGAAGUACUUUCAGAUCCCCUCAGGAACACAGGAAGACACAAAAACAGACUGAGGAUGUGUUGCUAAUGUUUCUGCACUGCGCUUACUAACUAUGCAUUACAGCUUCAGUAGAGAAAAUGAACACAAACUGAUCAGAUUUUUUGAUUAUUCACAGACCUACAAUACAGUCUAAUGAGUAAAUAAUCUGCUUACAACCUCAAAUGAUUGUUUCCCUUAUCCAUUGUGCAUUUCAUUUUCAAAUUCAUAUUUUAUUUGUCACAUACAUAAUCAUACACAGUACAAUGUGCAAUGAAAUGCCUUAUGUACCUGUUCUGGAUCAGUUACCACAACAGUAAACAAAACAGUAAUUUGAAAGAGCGAUUCAAAUUAGACACAUGUAAACAGUACACAGAGUUCCAGAGUCCUAGUUCAGUUUCAGUCUAGUGCGAUUUCCUGCAAAAAACAAAAAAAUCAUGCCAAAUCAUGCUAAGCUUUAUUCCUUUCAUGAUCUUCCUAUUGAAGCAUAAUAAAAAUAAUAAAAAAAAUAUGCAAAUGUGA